GCGGCGCGGACGCCCCGGCCCGGCCCGGCCCCGCCCGCCCCGCCGACCCCGCGCGGCCUGGCCCGGCCCGCGCCCCGCGCCCGCCCGGCGGCGGCGAGCAUGCGGCUCCGGCUCCGGCUCGCCGAGGAGGCCGCCGCCGGCGAGUGAGGAGCCGCCGCCCCGGCCCGGUCCGGCCCGGCCCGGCCCGUCGCCCCCGCCCCGGCCGCGCCGCCCGCUUCGCCCAGGCAAUGACAGCGGCUCCGGCGCCCUCCCCGCAGCAGAUCAGGGACCGGCUGCUGCAGGCCAUCGACCCGCAGAGCAACAUCCAUAACAUGGUGGCAGUGCUGGAAGUAAUCUCCAGCUUGGAGAAAUAUCCCAUUACCAAAGAGGCACUUGAGGAAACAAGACUAGGGAAGCUCAUCAAUGAUGUAAGAAAGAAGACGUCCAAUGAGGAACUUGCUAAACGUGCCAAGAAAUUGCUGCGGAAUUGGCAAAAACUAAUAGAACCAGUAACCCCGAAUGAACCCGUGCCAAGAGGACUGCCGAAUCCCCCUGGGUCAGCAAAUGGUGGUGCUCACAACUGUAAACCAGAAGCGCCACCUGCUGCAAUGCCUGGAUCCAAGCCCGUGAAUGAGUUGAAAAGCAGGAAUGACAUACAAAGACUGAACUCCCCGAAACCAGAGAAACCGGGAAAUCGGAAGAGGAAAGGUGAACAUAGGGAUGGGCAUCAGGGCCCCCCUCCUCCUAAAGUUUCCAAAGCAAGUCAUGAAGUAUUGCAAAACUCUUCACCCCCGCCAACUAAUGGGAUUGGGGGGAGCCCCGAAAGCUUUCCCAGUCCUGUCGAUGUAAGCUUGCACACGGGGCCUGAAACCAGCAGGACAGAACACAGUGAAAAUGACAAACACAGUAAGAUCCCAGUAAAUGCUGUCAAACCUCAUACCAGUUCUCCAGGACUUGUAAAACCUUCAAGCACUUCCUCACUAUUAAAGACUGCAGUGCUUCAGCAGCAUGAGAAAUCAGAAGAAAUCGCAGGACAGCACCAACCUAAGAGCCCGCGUUGUUCCUCGUUUAGUCCUAGAAGCGUUAGGCAGGAUACUUUUCCGCGACAGCAUACCACGUACUCACCAAAGGGUUCAAUGCCUAGUCCAUCUCAAAGGUCCCAGCUCUUAGACACUGCACAGGUGCCGUCACCACCACCAUCCUUGAUGCAACCAUCAACACCUCCAAUGCCAGCAAAAAGACUGGAGGUUUCUCAGCAAUCAGGACCUGAGGUAUCUCACCAUUGGCAGGAGCAGGUAUCUUCUGAAAGCCAGCACAGGCAUCCAACAGGGACAUUUCCACAGUACACAUCUCCUGGCUGUAAAACCAGUUCACAUCCUGGGGAGUCUUUGACACCACACAUUGGCUUUUCACAGGACACUUCAAAAAUGGACAGCGAUGAUGCUGCUUCAGGUUCAGAUAGUAAAAAGAAGAAAAGGUACAGACCCAGAGACUACACGGUCAACUUGGAUGGGCAGGUCACAGAAGGGGGUGUGAAACCUGUGAGGUUAAAAGAGAGAAAACUCACUUUUGAUCCCAUGACUGGACAGAUAAAACCUCUAACACAAAAAGACCCCUUGCAGGUAGAAAUUCCUGCACUUGCCGAACAGCACAGGACAGAAACAGAAGAGCAGGAGCAAAAACCCAACCUGCAAAGUCCUUUUGAACAAACGAACUGGAAAGAGUUAUCCAGAAACGAAAUAAUUCAGUCCUAUUUAAAUAGACAGAGUAGCUUGCUGUCGUCUUCAGGAGUACAAACGCCUGGUGCUCACUACUUCAUGUCUGAAUAUUUAAAGCAGGAGGAAAGCACUAGAAAAGAGGCUAGAAAGACUCAUGUUCUAGCUCCUCACAGCAAGCCCACAGACUUGCCUGGGAUCACGAGAGAGGUCACAAGUGAUGAUCUCAACAGAAUACGUGAACAUCACUGGCCAGGCGUGAACGGUUGUUUUGAUACACAGGGUAACUGGUAUGAUUGGACGCAGUGCAUAUCUUUAGAUCCACAUGGGGAUGAUGGUAGAUUGAAUAUCCUGCCUUAUGUCUGCCUAGACUGAGUACUGUUUUGCUAAAACGCUUUUACAUCUGCAGUUAGCAAAGAUGGCAGACACUAUGCCACUUAACAUGGAGAGAGCCUCCUGUCCUGGACAAAGAGGCCCACCGAGCAGAGGGUGUGAAGGAGCUGGUUCUUUUCAGCUCUUUCCUUUCAGUUCUCCUAUUGUGAAAUGCUGCUACCAGUUUACUAACAAAAUUGCAAAGGAAGGCAUACGAAGGUUGAUAAAUUGAGUUCAAAACUCUAUAGCAAGCCAGCUAUAAAGUGUUAGUCCCCAAGAAGUGAAGAUGAUUUCCAGCACUUUGUGAAUGCCGGAAUCUUACUACAGGCAGGUACAGAUAAUUUGUGUAAGUUACCUUAACAAAAUAUGCAUCUAUUUAUUUGACUUGAUUUGGGUUUUUAUUUGGCAGUGAAACACCCGAGACAAAAGUGCAAAAACUGUAGUUUAUUUGGAUCACACCUCUCUGCCCAUGAUUGCGUUCUUUUACAGUCAUGUAGUACAGAGAUUGGUUUUAAACAGCAGGUGUUGCACUGCAGGCUGGCCAGCCAGCUUCAGCUCAGCAUUCCAUAGGCAUCCACAUAUUUCAGUCUGGUUUCAGUUUAAAUCCAGUCUCUGAGAAAUGCUGCAAAAACUAGUUAUUUUAGUUAUUCUUCAAACUUGAUCCCACCGCCACCAGCCAAAUAAUUUUUCUCUUUUCCCAAUCUGGAAAUUUCUAGUGGGGAAAAAAAUCACCUUUUCUAGAAUCCAAAAGUAAUGAGGGUGCUACAAGUUUGUAACUGUACUGUGAGAGGGAAAAAGGAAGCCUGUUUGUAUGCUGGAAAUAUACUUGUUACCAUUCCUUUAGAUAUUGUUUGCCUUAUGGAUAUCCAUCAUAAACGCAAUUUGCAAAAACAAAGAGCCUUAGUGAAUGUACAGUAACUAGACUUCUGUGUUCUUGGGAUGCAGAAGGGAGCAACUUUGCUAUUUGGUCCUUUAAGCGGACACAUUGUGAUAUAAAUGUGGAAAUAAAAAAAAUUUGCACAAAAAAGUUUGUGAAUUAUUUAUAUUUGAAGUUGUUUAAAGUUUGGUCAGUUCAGACAAGCCAAAUGAUGAUGACUGAAACAGAGUAUGUUUUGCAUUGUGUGACAAACCUGCAUCCUGUUUAGUAUUUUUCUAAGACAAUUGAAGAUGAUUAGUGAUAGACAAUGUAUUUUCCAGCUUUUCUUAGUCUUCCAAGUGUGCUGACAAUAUUUAGUAAUAUGUUGGACUUUGUUUAAAACUCUGGUUAAAUCCAGGAGGAACAUGUUUAGUUUUAGAGACUGUCCUACAAGUUACUGUUAAGGUACCCCAGCUAAUUAUUUGGUUUUCUCUUCAGUAACUUAAUAAUCCCAAAUGUUAAUUAUGUCUUCUUUUAUCAAGGUCUGGUUAAAAAAGUUUAUAUUCAAUACAGCAGGCUAAAUGUCUCCAACUGGCACUGUUAUGACUAGAAUAAUCAGGACCGCUUUCUUUUUUACCACCUCUGAGAUUAGGUUUCUCUCCUACUAUAUUGUUUGUUUGUUUUUUUUGUAUUAAUGUUGCUGCCUCUAGUGACCAGAAAAGCACCAUUGGGCCCUGAUCCUGCUUCCAUGGAGACACCUGGCAAACCUUCAGUGAGAGCAGGAUCAGAUGCUUAAUUAUUUAUACAAGUUUUAAAAUACACGUGCUUCAUCGGGUGAGCAUUGGCUUGUUCCAUGGAGAAUAAUGUGAAAAGUGUUUGAAGUCUAACCCUUUCUAUUCAGACGGAAUGCUUUUGUGAUUUGCCUGGCUGGUGAAAUACUGAAAUCUGCUGUAUGUGGGUAUUUCAAAAAUCUCCUACUGGUACCUCACUGUUUCUUUUCUAAAUAUGGAGGUCCUAGGGAGAGACUUCCCAGAUGGAGAAACGAGUCACCACGAAAUGUUUCCAAGUAUAUUUUCAGUUUACUUCCAUUUUACCCUUCUGCAGUGAUAAGGUCAUGCAGGCUGCUUAGGGCUGGGAAAAUUAAAUGGAUCUUGUGAGUCAAACGGUGGAGGUGGGCUAGGAAGGCUUAUCAUCCUAGAAAUGCUUGACCUUGUUUAUGUAGAAAACUUUAAAUAUAUUUAUUUUUGCACCAAAAGAGUCUCUGUUCUUUCUCUCCCCCUUUUACUCUUUCCCUGAAUCACCAUCUUGGACGAAGGGGAGGGGGGGUGUCUCAUCCUCUCACUAGGGAGGCCUUAAUAUAGGGCUAAUCUCAGGGAAUGCUUCUAUCUGCUAAUUAGACCUGGGCGCACACUUUCCCUCUCCCUUCCCCCCACCCCCUGCUUGGCCACUUUCCUGCUGAAAUUCUGACUGGGGCCCUGUGGCAGAAGGUAAUGCUCGGACUUUCAGCGGUGUCCACAAACUUGUACCCAGUGGUGCUGUAAAAUAAGUAUCGGGCUCAGCUCUUACCCCUCGACAAUACGAUUCUGUUGGAUUUUAUUUUAUUUUUAGUGUGGGCUUUAAAUCUUACUAGUUUUUAGAGUUUUUGUGCAGACAGUCAACCCGUUUGGAUAUAACCCAGGGUACAAAUAGAUUUGGCAUCUAUAUAUUUUUCCAUAUGUUAUGUUGGUGUAAAGAGUUCUGUGGGCUCCAACAAAUGUGAAGAUGUUUACAAGGUGUUUUUGUCAAUUUUGUAAACGAGUUCAAAUGAAGUUUACCUUGUA